GGGUGGCCGUGGCGGAGGCAUGAAGGGCGGCGCCAAGGUCGUUGUGGAGCCUCACAGGCACGAGGGGGUGUUCAUCGCUAGAGGAAAGGAGGAUGCGCUGUGUACGCUCAACAGUUCUCCCGGCAAGGCAGUGUACGGCGAGAAGCUUAUAUCGGUGGAGGCACCACCGAGCGAAGACGGCACAACAUCGAAGAUUGAAUACCGGGUGUGGAAUCCGUUCAGGUCCAAGCUUGCCGCGGCAAUCCUCGGAGGAGUAGACGGCAUCCACAUCGUCCCGGGGGCAAAAGUUCUGUAUCUUGGUGCAGCUGCCGGGACCACCGUCUCGCACGUUGCCGACAUCGUGGGGCCAUCCGGGUGCGUCUACGCGGUGGAGUUUGCUCACCGUCCCGGUCGAGACCUCAUCAACAUGGCAAAGUCGCGCACAAACGUCAUCCCCAUCAUCGAGGACGCGCGACACCCGCUUAAGUAUCGUAUGCUCGUGGGCAUGGUCGACACAGUUUUCGCGGAUGUUGCCCAGCCGGAUCAGGCGCGUAUCGUGGCGCUGAACUCGCACUACUUCCUCAAGAACGGAGGGCACUGCGUCAUUUCCAUUAAGGCAUCGUGCGUCGACUCCACCGCAUCACCGGAGGCUGUGUUUGCUCAGGAGGUUUCCAAGCUCAAGACGGAAAACUUCAAGCCAAAGGAGCAGGUUACCCUAGAGCCCUACGAGCGUGACCACGCCGUAGUUAUUGCGCUCUACCGCCCGCCCAAGAAAUCGAAAUCGAAGGACUGAAUUAGGCACAGCUCAUUUGUAAGGGUUGUGAUUCCGAAUGUUGGGGGCAUCGAGAAUGUUGAAUUGAAUGUUCGCGACACCAAUCUCUGGAAGAGGCGUUGUUUCAGAUUGCCUGUGGGAGCUUAAUUUUUCUUGCUACGGAAACAAUGCAUGCGAGUGACUGCUUGCUGCCUUUCACCCAUGGCCACCCUUUUCGUGGAUUGCGUUAACUGUCCGAUUGGUGUACAGCUGAAAAGUGGAUACAGCUAUAUUAUAUCCCUUAUUUUGAAGCCCGAGGCUAUCCCCCUUUUUCGGUCACGUAAUGUGGUUCCUUAAAAGCAGGCAGCCUUCAAAAUGAGUCUGGGGAUAGUUGAAGGUGAGGUUGUUGAAGUUUUAUGGAAGCUAACGGCACCUUCCCUAGCCACAAACUAAAAUAUAGGACGAGUGCCUCCCGAAAGUCAAAUAUCCUCGUUCCCCUUAGAAACCCUGGUAGGUUCUCGGAGAAUCAUAGGGCCAAAUAAAGAGAAGCGCUGAACGUUC